AUGGCAACAACUAAACGUUCGUCGAUUAAUCCCCCAAUUCGUAUUUUAGCUGUUUCCAUUAUCCUUAUCGUAAUACUCGUAUUUACGUCGUCGACAUUCACAAAUGCUACUGUAAUCGGAGGAUCUGGGAAUGGAAACGGGAACGGAAAUGGCAAUACAGGAUCUGGGAAUGGAAAUGGAAAUGGUAAUGCAAACGUUGGUAAUUACAAUGGAAACGGAAACGGCAAUGGCAAUACAGGAUCUGGGAAUGGGAACGGAAACGGAAAUGCAAACGUUGGUAAUUAUAAUGGAAACGGAAAUGGCAAUUCGAAUACUGGACCUGUUCCAUCUACUCCACCUACAUCUACUCCACCUGCGCCUGUUACUUUACCGACUCCUAGCGUUGGUGGCAAUAAUAAUGGAAACGGAAACGGCAAUGCAAACGUUGGUAAUUAUAAUGGUAACGGAAACGGCAAUAACAAUACAGGAUCGGGGAAUGGGAACGGAAACGGAAAUGCAAACGUUGGUAAUUAUAAUGGAAACGGAAACGGCAAUAACAAUACAGGAUCUGGGAAUGGGAACGGAAACGGCAAUGCGAAUGUUGGUAAUUAUAAUGGAAACGGAAACGGCAAUAACAAUACAGGAUCUGGGAAUGGGAACGGAAACGGAAACGCAAACGUUGGUAAUUAUAAUGGAAACGGAAACGGCAAUGCAAACGUUGGCAAUUAUAAUGGAAACGGAAACGGAAAUGCAAACGUUGGUAAUUACAAUGGAAACGGAAAUGGAAACAACAACUACGGUUCAGGAAAUGGUAAUUGCAAUGGAAAUUGGAAUAUUGGGUAUGGCAAUGGAUAUAAAAGAUUUUAUGGUGGAGGAGUUGAUUGUCCGAUCUCUGGAACACCUUCCAUUAGUCCUGGAAUACCUAUCAUUAGUCCUGUCAUUAGUCCUGGAACACCUAGUUGCAAUAGAAAUUGGAAUAAAAGAUAUUAUUUUAAUGGUGGUGGAGUUGAUUGUCCAAUCACUAGUUCUAUUACUAGUCCUAGAAUACCACCUAUUACUAGUCCUAUUACUACUCCUAUUACUAGUACUAGAAUACCACCUAUUACUAGUCCUAGCCCUUCAUGCUCGAGAAAAACAGAGCUUCCGCCACUUGAUAUGGAAACAGUAGUAUUCAAAGUUGGAUAA